AUGAGUAAAGGUAGUUUAGAAAUAGCUAAGGUGGCUAAUUUGAUAAUUCAACCUGUUCGCCCUAGUUUGGAUGACUUAAACCCAGCUAUUAGGGAGUUUAACAGUUUAUUUAAAUCAGGAAUAAAGAAAGAUAAAUUAGCCUUUGUUAUAAAUGCGGUUAAUUCCGAAGCCGAGGAAAAGUCCGCCCACGAUUAUUUAGCCCAAACCGAUUAUUAUAUUUGCCCUCUUUCUUUACUUGAUAAAAUUUCUUAUCGGGAAGUUCAAAACCAAGGAUUAAGUAUUGCGGAAGUUAAAUAUAAGCGAUUAA